GAAAGUAAUGUCACGUAAAAUAUUUAAAUUUCAUCUUACUUUUCUAGAUUUAUUUUUAUCCUAGUUGCAUCCGUAUCUUAUCCAUUUUCGUGAAAUGUAUACUUCUAAAUAACAGUUCAAGGCACGGUUAGAAAUAAAGCUUAACACACGAAGAGGGGGCCAGUGCUAAAACCGCAAAGUAUUCACUAAAAGAAACCGGCAUAACAAGGUGAACAGCUAUCAACGAAAAUGUCUAUUCAGUGGACUUUUAUAGCCGGAUAUCUCUAUUUUGAGAUAGCAGUGGUAUCGAUCUUACUCCUGCCAAUAGCCAGCCCAAGAAAAUGGAACCAAUUCUUCAAAUCGCGUCUAUUCGCCAUGUUCAGAGAGCAUGCCGCCAUCUACUUCUAUGUUCUGCUGGCUGUGUUGACUUUAUUCUCAAUGGAUGCGAUCAGAGAAAUGAGGAAGUAUUCACAUUCCCACGAGGCGAGUGUGCAUGGACACCUGGCAAGUGAGAUGAAAGGCAAUGUGAAGCUGUUCAGAGCGCAGAGAAACUUCUACAUCACGGGGUUUGCAAUUUUCCUGGCCUUUGUGAUCCGCAGGCUAGUGAAGAUGAUAAUAAUACAGGCAGAGCUGCUGGACAGGGCUGAGUCUAUUAUUAAAGAGGCUGAGGCUGCUAAGGAUCUAGCUAAGACUACAAUGCUAGCUCAAAAGAUGCAGUCCGCGGGUGACUCAUCCAACUAUCAAGAUAUUAAGUCUCAGCUGGAACUGACUGAGAAGCUGUUGGCCGAGGAGAAGAACAGGGGCCUCCGUCUGGAGGAAGAGAUCUGUGAGUGGAAGGCAAAGUACCACAGUCUUUGUGCAAUUGAAGAUGAAUUAGAUUAAAUUAUUUUAUAUGAUAUGAUAAUGGUGUCUUCUAUACAGGCUCAGCCAAAUAACUUUAACUUGUUCUGUGAGCUUAAAGUAUUAUAGUAUGUAAGGUGAUUAUGAGUUGUUUAAAUGAUUAUCUUACAUGGACUGUCUAAUUUACCUUAAUACCUACUUAAAUUCAAAGCUCAUCAAUAAAUAUCUCACAGUCACCCAUAAUUCAUAUAUUUGCUGAUGUAGGUAGGUACCUACUUAGUCAUUUCAUGACUAGCUUACUUACCUAAUAUGUAUUAUAAUAUGUAUACUUUGCCAUGAAUGACAGGGUCAUUGCAAUAAUCUCAGAUCAAAGUUUUAAUAGCUUCCCUAGUCAUCAAAAUUAUUAUUAGGUACUUAAUAAUUAAGGUUGUCAAGCAAUUAAAUGAAAUAAUUGUGAUAGCUAGUUUCUAAAAAAAGUUUAGAGCAAAAUUUUUGUCAUGGAAUGGCAAAAUUUGGUUUUUAAUACAAAACACUGUCUUAUUAUGUUAUUGUUAAUUUUAUGUUGAGUUUGUGUAGGUAACUGUAUAAAUAUUAUUUGCAUUUUUUUAUACUAUGAUGAUAACUCUUAAUAUACUAUUAAAAUAUACCUAUUGAAUUAUGUAAA